UUUCGUAAGAGGUAUUAAAUAGACCAGAAUAUUCCGUGAUAUCUCCUGCAACAUUGUUGCAUUCUUCUUUGUUUUAAAGGCUCUGCAAGUGAAACAAAAUUCCUCCGAGCAGUUUGUUCAAUGAUACGCAGGGUAAUGGGUGAAGUAGACGUGAAACUCGGAAUACGGCAGACGCUGCAGAAAAUUGAGGAAGCGUACGGCAAACGAUCGGCGAUAAGCAAUGUUCCGAAACCUGUGCUAGUAGCCGUCAGCAAAACCAAACCGGUGGAGCUGAUAUUGGAUGCGUAUUCCAUUGGACAGCGCCAUUUCGGUGAAAACUACGUUCAGGAGCUCGUAGAAAAGGCAAACGAUGCGAGAAUAUUGGAGCAUUGCCAGGACAUCCGAUGGCAUUUCAUUGGACAUUUGCAAAGCAAUAAAAUCAACAAGAUAUUGAAUCUCCCUAACUUGCACAUGAUCCAAACGGUCCAUAGCAUAAAACUGGCGGAAGGAUUAAAUAAAGCAUGGGGAAAAAUUAAGGAAGAGCAUGCGGACAAAUCGGCGAAGCUGAACGUCCUGGUGCAGAUAAAUACGAGUGGCGAAGAUGAAAAAAAUGGAGUCCAACCAGAGGAAGCGGUUGGGCUUUACCGAUAUGUGCUGGAAAAAUGUCCUCAUCUUAAGUGCGAGGGUGUGAUGACCAUUGGUCGAUUCGGGCACGAUUACAGUACCGGGCCGAACCCGGACUUUAAUACGUUGAUGAAAUGCCACCAGGAGAUCUGCACCACUUUCGAGCGAGACCCGGCCGACGUGCAGGUGUCGAUGGGAAUGUCGGACGAUUUUAUGCAAGCGAUCGAAGAGGGCAGCACCAUUGUGCGCGUGGGCAGUUCUAUUUUCGGGGCCAGGGCGAAGAAAGUCGCCGAUGCGUGAGCGCACCAAACGCAAACGAAAUUCAACCCGAAAAGUUGUUUUUCGGUUCGGUUACGGUGCGGAAAACUCCGUUGGGGCACGUAAACGUAAACGACAUCAUCGUUGCAGGCGUAUGAGUGUGGGAGGAGAGGGUGUGAUUCAACGGUUUGCCGUUUUUCGUAUCGAAGACGUACCAAAUACCAAGAUGUUUGCCGGAUAUACUUAUAAAUGCAACACAAUCAAUAAUAUAAACGCGGGAUACGAUAUUAAGUAAUAUCAGAAUGAGCAAUAGCCUUGUCCUCAGUUAUUUUGGUUUUUAUAAUAAGCUUGUCAAACAUUGGUUAUUCUGUCCACCUGGUGAAUAAAAAGGAAAAUCUCGAUU